AAGUUCUCAAUGAGCAAAAGAGAAGGUGGAGAAAAAGAGCACAAAAUCUAUGUGUAUAUAUCAAAUAAAUCUUUACAAAAUCUGAUCCAGCGAUGCAAUAAUUACUGUAUUUGAAACAGCUUUGAAAGACGUAUAGGAGAUCUCUGAUUUCUCAGCAGCUCGUUUGUCUCAAGUUUUGCAGUAAGAGAAAGCUAGGGAUUUUCAAACCAAACCUUCUAUAUAUCCUUUUCAUCCUCCCUCUCACUCACAAACACUAAAGACUGAAGAUGGGUAGUGGUUAUUUUGGAGAGCCAAACUUGGGAAAUGAAAGAGGUGGAUCUUCAAGGAAGGGGAAGAAGAACUCAGAUAAGCCUAAGCAGCCACAAAGAGGGCUUGGUGUUGCUCAAUUGGAGAAGAUCAGAUUACAUGGUCAAAUGGGUGGUAAUUAUCAUCCUUCUUUUCACUCGCCAUAUCCUACUAAUUUUAACCAGGAGGAUGUACGGGUGCAAACUGUUUAUUCAUCACUGCCAUCAUCAUCUUUUUCUUAUUCAUCAUCGUCAUCAUCCCCAACUUCCUAUGGUUGCCACCCCAGCAUCACGAUGGGGUUAGGCGACUAUGAAAGAUCAAACUUCAUAUAUGGUGAUUUGCAACCUACUACCACAGCAAGCAGUUGGAACCCUGGAAGUGGAAUCUUAGAAACCCAACAUUUUAUUGAACCAAGCAUGAAUAGACACCUUCUAAAUCUGCAAGUUGAGGAUCCACAGCAAAAUAGGAAUAAGAAACACAGGAGUAACUCAAGGGGCUCAAGCAGUCAGAAUUCUGAAUCAAGUGACACUCAAGAAGUAGAUUUGGAGCUCAGAUUAUCGCUUUAGCAAUUGUUUUCUCCACUCAAACAGAUGGCUUCAAAUUUUAUGCGUUCAAGUCAAAUCAGAAGAUGAAGAUAAGCUGUUGUUUUGGCCAACAAAUUAGUAAUUGCAGUCAAGUUUAUGAGAGAUCGAGCAAGGUUAUAAACAUGAAACAUGCUUUAAAUAUGUUGAAGAAUCUUAUAUGUACUAUUGAAAGGUAGAUUGACUUUCUGCAGAAGACAAAUAAAGUUUCUUCUAGUUGAUGAAUUGUCAAAGAAGGGAGAAAGUCAUAAU